GGUCACUCGUUAGCAGCACUGCGAAUGUUCAGAAAUCAAAUAGCAGCUGUUUAUUUAGAAUGUUUAUCAUCUUUACCGGUUAAUUCAUGCGCGAUAUUUAAAGAGCGUUUGGCCGAUUUAUACUUCUGAGCAUUGUUUCGCUAUACUUUGUUUUUAUGAUCAAAUUAAACCUAAACAUGGCAAAGUGAUAACUUGUUAGCUAUCAAGACUUCUUUAGUUUUCUGAUCAAGUGGUAUAACGUGAAGAAUUUCAGUGUCUGGAGAAAGUUUAUACCAGAUAAUACUAAAAUGCAGGAAAUAAUCACAACGGUCGAUCACCUCAAGUUUGAUCUAGAAAUUGCAGUAGAACAGCAAUUGGGCGCUCAACCACUGCCAUUUCCAGGAAUGGAUAAAUCCGGUGCUGCUGUGUGCGAGUUCUUCAUGAGAGCUGCCUGUAUGAAAGGUGGAAUGUGUCCAUUCAGACACAUAAGUGGAGAAAAGACUGUGGUGUGCAAGCACUGGCUUAGAGGUUUAUGCAAGAAAGGAGACCAAUGCGAGUUUUUACAUGAGUAUGACAUGACAAAGAUGCCUGAGUGCUAUUUCUACUCCAAAUUUGGAGAGUGCAGUAACAAAGAGUGUCCAUUCUUGCAUAUUGACCCAGAGUCUAAGAUUAAAGAUUGCCCGUGGUAUGAUAGAGGAUUUUGUAAACAUGGUCCGGAUUGCAGGCACAGACACACGAGAAGAGUCAUCUGUGUAAAUUACCUUGUCGGCUUCUGUCCAGAGGGCAAGUCGUGCAAAUUCAUGCACCCAAGAUUUGAACUGCCUAUGGGUGCGACUGAACAGCCACCACUGCUUCAGCAAGCACAGUCUCAGCAAAAGCAGCAAAACAUGCAGCCCAUGAACAGGUCAUCACAUUCUCUCAUUCAGUUAACCAACUCCAAUAUAUACAACAACCAGAGAACACCAAACGCUGUUGGGAUAGUGCAUCCUAAUAGCAACAUGGGCGGAUCUCGUGGUCCUCGUCCACUGGACCAAGUUACAUGUUACAAGUGUGGUGAGAAGGGCCAUUAUGCAAAUAAAUGCACAAAAGGACACCUGGCUUUCCUGAGUGGACAGUAAUGGUUUUCUACAAAAAAAAAGGAUCUCUCAAAAUUGUGGCUGUCACUUGCAGAUUGAGAUGCUCGAUUCCUGGUACAUUAACCCUUUACUGCAAAGCUGUAGUUGACUGACGUACAUGUGCCAAGCACUCUUGUGAGCGAGCGUGCACGCACCACAGCAUGCAUGUUUUCUACAGGCAGAAUGAAUGGCCAAUGAAACCUUUUUGAUAUUUUUUUUCUUUCCUAUAAAACUACCUGCCUCACAUUCAUACUUUGAAAUGCGAGUCUUUUGUAUCAAAGCUACAAGCUCUUUAUUACUGAAAUGUAAAGCAAUGCUGACAUUAGAGACAAAUCUAUUAAGCAUUCUCUUAGAGAGAACAUUGCAUCUCAUAUGGUUAUUAUUACAAUUAGCAGCAAUGUUUAAUUGAGAAUUGAAUAGGCAGUAAGGGCAAAACUUGGUAGUAAAUCAAGAUGAUUGAUGGUAUUUGGGAUAGGAUUUGUGAUGUUGUACCUCUUACUACAAUAAAGAUUCAUCUGGAUUUAUGAAGCCUUGUUCUCUGGCAUGUUUUAUCUAUAUUCCACAACAUGAAGAAUGUAACAAUAAUAGAUUUAUAUAGUAAUCGAAUAGUAAUUUUGUACUUCUCUUUACUCUGGCAAUACAAUGUAUUUCAAGGAAUAGUUCACCCAAAAAUGAAAAGUAUCUCAUCAUUUACUGACCAUCAUGCCAUCCCAGAUGUGUAUGACUUUCUUUCUUCUGCUGAACACAAUUGAAGAUUUUAGAGGAAUUUCUCAGCUCUGUAGGUCCACACAAUGCAAGUGAAUAGUGACCAGACUUAAAACCAUGUAAAGGAAAUCAUAAUACUUUAGUGGUUAAGAAAACAUCUUCAUAAGCAAAAACAAUAUAUAGGUGGGUGAGAAACAGAUCAAAAAGUAAGUCCUUUUUUUUACUCUAAAUCUCCACAUCUGAAAGUGCAUGUUUAGUAAGGACUCAAAUAUUGACCUGUUUCUCACCCACACCUAUAUAUUGCUUCAGAACAUAUGGAUUACUUUUAUGUUUCCU